ACUGCUGUUUCCGGGCGUGGUCUGAAAGAAAGUAUCGAUUCCAUCAUGCUAGCUGUAGAAGUCCACAAUAUCCAGCUCUGCUAAUUUACUUACUGACAACUAGUGACAGCUUGUAUCUUUUUUGUAUCUUCUACUUCAAAUUUGACUAUAGAAUGACAACAACAAUUUGAGUGCCAGCAUUGUUUUUGUGUGGCAAGUGCCACCCAAAGAAGACGAGCUGCGUCGGUAAACUAGCUGAAUUCUGUAAGCUAGCAGGGCUAUCGCUAACAUUCUCCUCAACAUUUGUCUGUUCGCACGACGUUUACUGCGCUUUCUGCUCACUAACUCAUCGACCGGCGUUGGAUUUGCCUACCGCUGUCAUGGAGAAGGCAGAUUUCUUAAAAGGGCUUCCCGUCUACAAUAAAAGCAACUUCAGCAGGUUUCACGCAGACUCGGUUUGUAAAGCAUCUAAUCGGAGGCCCUCUGUCUAUCUUCCGACACGCGAAUACCCUUCUGAACAGAUUAUUGUCACAGAGAAAACCAACAUCCUUCUGCGCUACCUCCAUCACCAGUGGGACAAAGAGAAUGCGGCAAAGAAACGGGAACAGGAACAAGGGGAAGGUGACAGUCCCGCACCCCCAAGAAAGAUUGCCAGGACAGACAGCCAAGAAAUGAAUGAAGACUCAUAAGUGUGUGUGUGUAUCUGUGUGUGUGUGUGUGUGUAUGUCUGUGUGUGCGUGUACGUGUAUGGAGGGCAAAGGCCAUCUUAACAAAUAUAAACAGAAAGGGUGUUCCGUCCUCGUUAAAGACUUGUGGCCAUUCUGUGGUAAGGUGCAGUUCCUCUCAUAACUUGGAGUGUUGGCUAAACAAUUCUUUAAGACAGCUUUACUGUGAAGAAUUUGAAUUUAGACCCAUUUUUCAACCACUGUUUGAGAACUGCAACAAGCCCUUAUGGAGCGGUGGGCAUGUGUGUUGUUUGUUGUUAGACUGUGUUUUGUGUGUGUGUGCAUGCGCUGUGUGAGAAUUGUAUCGUGUAUGCCAGUUCAAUGAUUGGUUAGGAUUUAAAUUUGCCGUAUUUGACUUAACAAAUCAAGUGGUUAAGUUUUACUUCUGGCAUUUUAUCAUGUUUAUUAUUGAGGUUUAUCUGUAAGGCAACGCGCUUCCUGCCUGCCCAAGUGCCCGCCCCUCUCAGUUCCACUGCCCGCUCUGUCACGAUGGCCACGUUUCCCCACACACACACGGAAGCAAGAAUGCACUGUGAAGACCAGCACACAGUGGAAGCACCACUCUCAUGCGCCAUAAUAGCGACGUCAUCUUUGGCUGUACAUAUCUGCGCGCACACACCUUGCAACUACCACAGAGCUUAAGCCACCCCUAACGGUGGAUUUCCUCCAUGCAGCAUUAAAAAACUAAGAACGGAAGGAAAAAGUCCCUAUGGUGUGUACAUACAUGUCAGUUACAUAAUUUAUUUAACUCUGCACAUUGUUCAGUAAUUGUUUGGGGACAAGGUUAGAAAGUUGAGAGAUGGUGCAGGGCACGCGUGAUCUCGACCUGGCCCGUUGAUGUUUUUAUGGCGUUCCCGCACCAACCUUGAUAACAUUCAACAGGAAGAGGAUUCAUAUGGCUCGAUUCGUUCCAGUUCACCUAACACAUGAAACGUUCCGAAUUGGGGAGGUGCACAAUCCACUUAAGUGUUGAAUAUCUUAAAAUGUGUUUUGUGGCGAUUCUAACUUUGACCACAGCAUCAGUUGCUGUGUCGAGUGGCGCUUUCCAUCAUUUUCAGCAGACUGCAUUUCAAAUGAUUAACACCCCACCUUCCUCUCAUGCGAGAUCCUCCCAGGAAUGGGGCCAUAUGAAUCUCUUCCCUACUGUAAGAGGUUUAGGUUAGUGGCUUUAUUCUUUCUAUUGUUAGAGGCCUUACGUUACGACGGGUCCUCGUGGUCUGUUGCUGCCAUCACAUUCUGGUGACCUGAGUAGUUCCAUGCCGGUUAAAAAGGGGGAUCAUGGGUUUAGCAUGCAGCCAAGUGCAGCCCGUAUUGUUUAUUUUCUUUAUUAUAUAUAUAUAUAUAUAUAUGAUAGAAUUCAAAAACUGUAAAUAAUCCUGUCUGUUUCAGCCAUAGGAUCAUGUUAUGUUUCUGCUAAGACUGUUCUACGCCGCCCCCGCCCUCAUCUCCUAUCUGUGAGAUAAGUCCUCUUUUUUUUGUCUAGCUUUGCUGAAAUAAAACUGGACGGACACUUUU